AUAGUCGUGUCCAGUACAGCAAGGGUGGAAGGCAGGAGGAAGGAGCCAGUCUCUGAGAGCUUGAUUUGCUCUUGCUUAACUUACCCAAAGAUGUCUUACAACACUUCUCUCAUCAGCCCAAGUCCUAGAGAGGAUCCCAAGGGUGGCAGUUUCUUGGAGGAAAGCAGUGGUGGGGGUGAUGACAGCAAUGUCCUGGGAGGGGACAGCCUAGUCACGGGGCCGCUGGGUGCAGUGCUGCUCGUCAUGUGCCUCACUGGGAUGGUGGGGAACAUCUACACAGUGGCAGUGGCCUCUGGCAGGGUGGCAGGCUGCUCAGCAGGCUCCUUGGGGGUCUACAUGAUCAACCUUGCCCUGGCUGACCUCCUGUACCUCUCCACCAUCCCCUUUGUGGUUUGCACCUAUUUCGCCCACGACUGGUUCUUCGGGGAUGUGGGUUGCAGGCUUUUGCUCAGCCUGGACCUCCUCACCAUGCACGCCAGCAUCUUCCUCCUGACCGCCAUGAGCCUGGAGAGGUACUGGGCGGUGGCCCAGCCCCUGCGGGCCCGGCGGGCCAGCAAUGCCUGCCGCAGGCUGGCCAGCGCCAUCCUCUGGCUCCUCUCGCUCCUGCUCACGGCCCCCAUGAUGGCGAUGACUCAGCUGCGGGAGGGGGACGGCCCCCGCAAGCGCAUCUGCGUCCCCACCUGGACGCCAUCGUCUUUCCGGCUCUACCUGACCGUGCUGUUCAGCACCAGCGUCCUGGCACCCGGCGCCGUGCUGGGCAUCGUCUAUGCCCGCCUGGCCCGGGCGUACCGCUCCUCGGCCUGGGGGCUGGGGCUGCCGCCGCCCGGCCGGGCCCCGGCGCGGCGGCUCCUCUGCAGGAUCUCUGCCAUCGUGGUGGCCUACUGGGCCUGCUUCCUCCCCUUCUGGGCCUGGCAGCUGGCCGGGCUGUACCAGGGAGAGGGGCUGGGCAUCGGCCCCACUGCCCAGGCCUACCUCAACUUUGGUGUCACCUGCCUGGCCUAUGGCAACAGCUGUGUCAACCCCUUCCUGUACACCCUGCUUGCCAGCAGCCACCGCCGGCGCCGUGGCCACGCUGGGACGGGCAUGGCGCGGCCUGCAGAGCCCUCGCAGCAGGCUGUGGGGAGCCACAGCAUCCCCCUGGCUUUCAGGGAGCUCUUGGGGUCUGUGAGGGAAAGCGAGGGCUGA